AGUGUAGGCACAUUUUUGUGCCAUCUACCUUCGUGAUCACAUCACCAUGAAAUACUUCAUCGUCCUUGCUCUGGCUUCCGUGGCCUCCGCGGCGCGUCUGGAUAAUGUCUACUUGCCUCCCAACGCCAGGUCUUCAGGCGGCCCCGGCGCAGGCCUGCAGACCCCUAAGGGAGGCUCCCAGGGAGCACAACAGAGCCAAGGAGGUUCCAACGCCCAAUCUCAAAGCUACUCCAGUGCCUCAGCCGGCGCCUCAGCCAGCAGCCAGGCUGAGAUCCUGAGGUUCGACAACGAGAUCAACGAAGAGGGCUUCCGCUAUGCUUAUGAGACCAGCGACGGCACCAAGGCUCAGCAGGAAGGCCGCGUCAUCCCUGGCUCCAAGCCCGAAGAAGGCUCCCUCCAAGUCUCCGGCUCCUACUCGUACGUCGGCGACGACGGAGAGACGUACUCCGUGACGUACACCGCCGACGAGAACGGGUACCAUGCUGAGGGUGACCACCUCCCCACCCCGCCGCCGAUCCCGGAGGCGAUUCUCAAGAGCUUGCAGCUCACGGCCGGGAAUGGUGCUCAAUAUGAUAGCCAGAGGAGCAGUUACGACGCCGACAAAACUGGAUACUAACAUACAAACAUACAUUAAAUUAUCCAUUCUACCACUUUGUUAAUAUACAGUCAGAGACAAAAGCAUAUUGAUUA